UUACUUUAGUAAUUGUGAUAUCACUUUGUUUGUACUGGGUGUUUUUUAUACCCCUUGAUUGGACAAAGCCAAUGGAUGACAGUACUGGCUGGCAAUUCAUAAACAAUGCGAACAAGCUGCGAAGCAAAGACAAGCGUGACACAAUUAACCGCUUAAGAAAGUCACGAAAAAUUGGAUCAAAGGAAUUACCUCCGCCAUACCCAAAUGGUUGGUAUGGAGUUCUCGAAUCAUCCAAGCUUAAGGCUGGUGAAUCAACAUAUCUAUCUUGCCUGGGGGAGCAUUUUAUAAUAUAUCGCUCACAAAAACAUAAAGUUUUUAUUUUGGAUGCAUAUUGCCCACACUUAGGAGCUAACCUAGCAGUUGGAGGUCGAGUUAUUGGAGAUAACAUUGAGUGCCCCUUUCAUCAAUGGAGUUUCAGAGGGACAGACGGAAUGUGUACAAAUAUUCCUUAUAGCAAUUGUGUCCCACCGGCAACAAAAGUAAAGAAAUGGAAUUCCACAGAAAUGAAUGGAUUUGUAUUUGUUUGGUAUAGUGUCGAAGGAUCCGAAAUUCCAUGGACUCUUCCUAAAUCUGUCGAACUUCAAAGCAACCAAUUUGUUUACCAUGGCCGCAACGAGUUUUAUAUAAACUGUCACAUUCAGGAAAUACCAGAAAAUGGUGCCGAUCUGGCACACUUCAAAGCAAUUCACAAUGAUAAUAUUAUAGCUGGUGGCUUCCACAUAAAACAAAGUAUUGUUCGCUACCUUGGAUAUCAUCAAUGGCAAGCAAGUUGGAACGUGGCCGAAGACAAACACAUUGCCGAAAUUAAGUUGAAUCAUUCUUUCAACCUAUUUGGAAAUUUUCGAUGCUCUCAAAUGAAUGUUACAGGCAAACAAAUUGGGCCCGCCUAUGUUCAUAUGUUUCUGCAUUCACCAACAUUUGGACAUUUUCAAAUAUUUCAAACGAUUACUCCAAUAAAACCGUUACUGCAGAAAGUUGUUCACAGAUUUUAUGCAACCCGAUUAAUGGCUCCAUUUAUGAAAAUUUUAAUAUGCGGGGAAAGCAUUAUGUUUGAGCGUGAUAUUAAUAUAUGGAAUCAUAAAACUUAUCGGAAUAACCCUUUGCUAGUGUUGGAAGAGUCUUCGAUUAAAAAAUUUCGGAAAUGGUAUGCGCAGUUCUACACAGUAAACAGUAAAUCAUUUCAACUAGCAAAUAAUCCGAGUUGGUAGGUUUAAAUCUGUUUAGAUCUAAAAACCUUGCAUUAUA